AUGUCGGGAAGUCUAUCCACAAGGGUCAUGAAUAUGAAAUUCAUGCAGAAAGCUGAAACUGUAAAAGCCAAUGACACUCGUGAAGAGCAAACACGAAGGCUAGAUGAUGCAUCAGAAUGGACGUUGCCUAGUCUGGCAAAGAUUUUGAAAAUGGCGCAGGCUAAACCUAAAAUUGAGGUUCUUGGAUAUGGGUCUAUAAUGAACGACCAAAACUACACAAUCCAAAGAUUAUGGGUGUCGGGAACGAAUGAUAAGGAGCUGCCUGAUGAAUACCAACCAAGUCAAAAGAGCCGAGAUAACUCGCCUCCUUCAGCAGAGCUAAACACACUUUGGAGGAAGCGAAAGCCUGAUGGCUCUCCAGAUAGGACAAACAAGAGGCGAGCAACCUAG